CAAAAAAAUUUAAUAGAGCUGAUAUUUGAAUGUUUGGAUUCUAAUAAAUAACAAAACAUUUCAGCUGAUUAAAAUCAUAUAGCAUUCCCCUGCAAUCUUUUGAAGAUAAUGAGUAAUUUUAUCUCGUUUGUGAUAAGCUAUUUUUGAAUGAUUAAAAGCCAAAACAAAAGUUAAUACGCGUGGUAUGGAAAGAUGCUUUUUAAAAUGUUUGUUUCUUAAAAAAAUUUAUUAAUCUUAAAUAUGGAACCCUUAAUAAGAGAUAAUAGUGAUGAUACAAUCGAAGAGGAAGUUGUACUACAAAAUCGCUCAUUGACAAAGAGGCAAGUGAUAUUUUUAAUCGCAGCUGUAAUAACUGCUGGCCUUGUGGGUACAUUUUCAUUUUGGAUAAUAAAUGGUAGAACUUUUUCAAUACAUAAUGAAUCAAACCCUUCUUUACCAGAAGAUUGCAAGAAUAUUCCCGAUUCAGAGAAAUUCGAUUGCCAUCCGGACCGGCCAAUAACAGAAACUGAAUGUUUGAAGAGAGGUUGCUGUUAUAAUCCAUCAUCUGAUCUCGGUGUAUCUGAUUUUGAUCUGAUUAAUUCUUCUUAUUUGGGUGUACCAUCUUGUUACUUCCCAAAAGAUUACAAUGGCUACUCGUUUACUCUUACCAAAAACAAUAGCUGGGUGUUGGAAGGAGAGCUGACGAGAAACAUUUCAUCAGGUUUUUUGAAAGAUAGCCGUAAAGUUCUUUUGUACGUCACGUAUAUUGAUGAUAAAAAUUUAAGAUUGCAGUUGAAAGAUGAAGAUCCUGAAAGAUAUGUCUCAAAUAUCCCACUUUUUCAUAAUGUUACUGGUGCUGAAAAUCCUCUGUAUGAAAUACAUAUUGAUAAUAGUAGUUUAUUGACAGUUUUUCGAAGAUCGACAGGUGCAACUGUAUUUAAAACAAUGCUCUCCCAGUUGAUUUACAGCCAGCAAUUCUUACAAUUGUCUUCAUAUGUAUCAUCAUCUUAUUUAUAUGGCUUAGGCGAGCAUAAAGAUAAACUCUUGAGGUCUUUUAACUGGACGAAACUUACCCUCUUUAAUCAAGGUGAUAUACCAGUGCCACAUAGGAAUCUGUAUGGAACACAUCCAUUUUGUUUGGUGAUGGAACCUGACGGAAAUGCUAAUGGCAUAUUUUUCAGAGCUAAUGCUGCAAUAGAUGUUUUGCUACAGCCUGCUCCUGCUGUUACAUUUCGAACAAUUGGUGGAAUAUAUGACUUUUUUAUCAUGCUUGGCCCUACUCCUCAAGAAGUUGUUGGUCAAUAUAAUUUUAUUGUUGGUCGUCCAUUUUUUAUUCCAUAUUGGAGUCUUGGUUUUCAUCUUUGCCGAUAUGGAUACUUUAGCUUAAGUAAAACUAAUGAAACACUUCAGCGUAAUUUAGAUGCUGGUGUUACUGUUGUGAGUAUUUUAAUUUCGCCUGGAGUAUCUAAUUCUGAGGAAAAUGGAACAUAUCCUGCUUUUGAUGAAGGAAAAAAAUUAGACCUUUUUGUGAAAGAUGCUGAAGGAAAUUAUAUUGAAUCUAAAGUAUGGAAUACAAAUUACACAGUUUAUCCUGAUUUUACUUUUCCCAAAACUCAAGGCUAUUGGACUGACAGAUUAAAUGAAUUUUACAAAGAGGUUAAGUUUGAUGGGUUAUGGCUGGAUAUGAAUGAGCCUUUGAAUUUUGACAAUGGAACAGCAAAAGAGUGUCCUGAUUCAUCUGUUGAAAACCCAAAAUAUCUUCCUGGUAGGCCAUAUCCAUUACGAACCCAGACUAUAUGCAUGACGGCUAAGCAUUAUUUUUCUUUGCACUACUAUGAACAUAACUUGGUUGGCUUUAGGGAAUCAUACACUUCCUAUGCUUCAAUGCGUGUUAUAAGGAAAAAACGACCUUUCAUAAUAUCUCGAGCCACAUAUUCUGGUCAAGGUGCUUUUAGUGGUCAUUGGAGUGGUGAUAUAACAUCAAGUUGGGAAGAUCUUCGAUACACAAUUCCAUUUAUGCUUGUAUUUAACAUAUAUGGUAUGCCAAUGGUUGGAUCAGAUAUUUGUGGUUUCCGACUAAAUACCACUGCAGAGCUAUGUGCUCGUUGGCAAGCUCUUGGUGCUUUUUAUCCAUUUGCAAGAAAUCAUAAUGAUUAUGAUACCAUUGAGCAAGAUCCAGCUGCUAUGGGUGGAGAUGUGCUUAUUGCUGCUAAGAAAUCUCUGCAUACUCGAUAUUACUUGCUACCAUACAUUUACCAUCUGUUCUAUAGAAGUACUGAAUUUGGUGAAGCAACAGUUAGACCUCUGUUUUUUGAAUUCCCUACUGAUAAAAUUGCAUUGAAUAUGGAUGAAGAAUUUUUAUGGGGUCCAGCUCUGCUUGUUAUACCAGCUCUUUAUCCUGGCAUGACAGAAGUCAAAGCUUACUUCCCUAAUGCUAUUUGGUAUGAUUUUUACACUGGAGAACUAAUUAGUAAUGAAGCUGGAUAUAAAAGUUUACCUUGCAACAUAACCCAUAUCAUUUUAGCCGUUAGAGGUGGAUACAUAUUGCCUUUACAGUUGCCUGGAAAAAAUAUUAUGUCUAGCCGAGAAAAUGACUUUGAUGUACUGAUUGUGCUGGAUGAAAAUCAAGAGGCAUCUGGAGAAUUCUAUUGGGAUGAUGGAGAAUCUUUGGGCACUCAUCAAACAGAAAUAUAUGAUAAGAACCACUUUAGUGCUGAUAAGAAUUGUUUCAACAACAGCAUUGUUUGGCACAACUAUCCAACUAAGUUAGAUCUCAAUGAAAUAAAAGUAUAUGGACUGGAUAAAAGACCGUCCAAAGUAACCAUUAAUGAAAAAGAGGUGCAAUUUCAAUACUUGAAGUGUGGUGCCGUACCAGGUUUUAAAAUUUCCGGUGUAGUUUCAUACCAGGUUUUAAAUUUCCGAUAUGGUCAUACUGCUUCUGGUAUCAUCUUUACUGGUUUUUGA